AUGUGGUCACAGUCCUACCGACUUCACCUCAAAGCCGGGCCGAGGUCAGCAACACCGAGCCAGUCCUCAAGGUCGGGCCGACCUCCUCACCUUUCUCAAUGUCACAACUUUCUAAUAGCCGAGCUGCACAACCCGGACGGGAUCCAUCAUCUUCCCCAAUCUCCGACCCUGCCAUCUCCGACUUCUAACCCUCGCCCGCCGGCUACCACCGAUUUCACAGCCGAGUCCCCGAUCUCACGAGCACCACGAAGUCUGACCUUGCUUUGCCUAAACCUCGAAACUCGAUCUCCCUGUCGGGGCCCGACUUCACCGUCAUACCUGCCGGGGCCGACCUCACCAGAAGCCAUCGGAGCCCGACCACAUCAUAGACCGUGGGUCCGACUUCACCAUAGAUCGUGGGCCCGACCUCACCUCUCCAACCUCACAGUCACUAGAGAUCGAACGUGCCAUUUCCAACCUCCAAAUCAGUCCAGUCGGCAUCUCGGGCCGAGACCUUUGAGCUCGGGCCGACAUCCUCAUAACCGACCUCAAUCAUCGGACCUUCGAGUUGCUGCCAGUGCCGACCUUACCACGGUCGACUUCAAAAUCGCAGCCCGAGGUCAAUUGAAGCCAAUCGAUCUAGACCUUCUCCACCAUCGGAUCUCGGUGCAACCCGACUGGCACCCAAGCUCGACUUUUUCGACGGCCGAGUAA